UGACAUCCGGAAACAUGGCGACCAGCGGUGAGGCUCCAGACAGCUCUGUGAGGAGAAGACGUGUAGGCAGCAGGAGGACAGAGACAGACUCGGUCCUGACCGGUAAAGAAGAUGAAGCGGACACCAGCAGAGACUCAGAGAAACAGAAGCAACUUCUGUCGUUACAACCAGGAACUUACUGGCUCACUCGCAUCGUGCUGCUGCGCUCCGUCGCCUUUAUUUACUUUGUGGCGUUCAGCGUUGCUUACAACCAGAACAAGCAGCUGAUAGGUGAACAUGGCCUGAUGCCCUGUAAGAACUACCUGAACAGUGUCAAACGUUAUGUGGGAGGAAAGAUAGGCAUGGCUGCCUUAGCAUACACCCCAUCCCUCCUCUGGUUCAUGGAUUGGAGCGACAUGGAUGCCAACCUGGAUGGGAUUGCCCUGGUGGGGAUGGCACUGUCAGGAUUUGUUCUGGUGACAGGAAUGGCCAACAUGAUUAUCAUGGUCACACUGUGGGUGCUUUACCACUCCCUGGUCAACGUGGGACAGCUGUGGUAUUCCUUUGGUUGGGAGAGCCAGCUGUUGGAGACGGGCUUUCUGGCUAUUUUCUUGUGUCCGGUGUGGACUUUAUCUCAGGUCCCCCGCCGCUGUCCCCCCUCCCUCAUCUGCAUCUGGACCUUCAGGUGGCUCAUUGUUCGCAUCAUGCUGGGAGCUGGUCUUAUUAAAAUCAGAGGCGACAAAUGCUGGAGAGACCUCACCUGCAUGGACUACCAUUACGAGACCCAACCAGUUCCUAACCCCAUGUCGUACUACAUGCAUCGCUCUCCCUGGUGGUUCCAUCGCUUCGAGACAUUGUCCAACCACUUCAUUGAGCUUAUCGUCCCGUUCUUCACCUUCCUGGGCAGGCGGAUGUGUAUGGUGAAUGGAGCACUCCAGAUCCUUUUCCAGAUGGUUUUGAUAAUCAGUGGGAACCUGAGUUUUCUGAACUGGCUGACCAUUGUUCCCAGUUUGGCCUGUUUCGAUGAUGCUUCACUGGGAUUCUUGUUUCGCUCUGGGGCGGGACCCAAGAAGACGGUGCUGGAGAUACAGAAUGAGGAUGCAGCUGGACGCACCCUAAAACCUAACAAAGGUAUGUUAAUUCGUAGAGUGGUGAACAUUUCUUUGGGCGUUCUGAUUGGCUUCCUGAGUGUCCCUGUGGUGAUGAACCUGCUGAGUUCCAGGCAGGUGAUGAACACCUCCUUUGACCCGCUGCGGAUUGUCAACACCUACGGGGCCUUUGGCAGCAUCACAAAAGAACGUACCGAGGUGAUCUUCCAGGGCACUCUGAGCCCGGAUCCCAAGGACCCUGAGGCAGUUUGGGAAGAGUAUCAGUUCCUGUGUAAACCAGGAGACAUUUACCGACGGCCGUGCCUCAUAUCACCGUAUCACUACCGGCUGGACUGGCUCAUGUGGUUUGCUGCCUUCCAGACCUAUGAACAGAGUGAAUGGGUGAUCCAUAUAGCGGGAUGUCUGCUGUCCAACGACAGUACCGUCCUCUCAUUGCUCGACCACAACCCUUUUCAUGGCAGAGACCCACCCAGGUGGGUUCGAGGGGAACACUUCAGAUACAAGUUCAGCCAACCGGGCAGUCCCAGCGCUGCACAGGGCAAAUGGUGGUUGAGAAAACGCAUCGGACCCUAUUUUCCUGCUGUGGACCUGGAAGGACUUAGGGGCUACUUCCAGUCAAGGAACUGGCCUCAUCCACACAUAGCGACACAAAGGAGCUAAAGUCAUGUCCUCUGAUGUGACCUCAGACUGGAGGGCCAAGAGGAAACCAGAGGAAUCAGGAGUGGUUUGAAACAGGCCAUUUCAAGGUCAGUUUCAUUGUGAUGCUGCUGGAGUUUAGCACAAACACAAAGGAUUGAAUCAGGCUUCUUGAACAUUUACUUGAUACAUUUAUUCCCAAACAAUGUGACAGUUGUAAGGUUUCAAUCAGAGAUGUUACUUCAGUGAUCACAAAUACGAUGGUGAAUUUCUGCCUUUUGUAUUUUAUGAAAUGACCACAUUAAUGGCCAAAUAUUAAAAAGCUUAUCUGUAUCUGAA